CCUCCUCCUCCUCCAAACCCUUGUCCUAAUUUACCUCUUACCAAGAUUUCACUUCUCUCUGAAUAUGAUUCCCUCUGCAUUUAUGAUAUUUUAAACCCCUCCUCCACUUUACCAUCUUCAACCUUCCACUUUGAUUAGUCAAGAUGGGAUCUAAUAAGAUGGAAUUAACACCAGAGAAAAUCGAUUUUGAAUCUGACGAGGAGAGCCCGUUAACUUUAUCUCAAUCCACAGGUGCAAAGCAAUCUUUUCAGUUCGAGACAUCUCAUGCAAGUGUCCCCAAAUUGCGUGUCCUCAGAAAGUUACAGUUCACCGCUUUCCACAGUGUGUAUGUUGUCUUGUUCAAAGCAAGGAUCAAUGUGUUGCUUCCUUUUGGACCUCUAGCAGUAUUGCUACACUACCUGACUGGGCGGCAUGGAUGGGUCUUCUUUUUCAGCUUACUGGGAAUUACACCUUUAGCUGAACGGCUGGGUUAUGCAACUGAGCAGCUCGCAUGUUAUACAGGGAAUACAGUUGGAGGGCUUUUAAAUGCCACAUUUGGCAAUGCGACAGAAAUGAUUAUUUCAAUAUAUGCAUUAAAGAAUGGGAUGAUUAGGGUUGUUCAGCAAUCAUUGUUAGGAUCCAUCUUAUCAAAUAUGUUGUUAGUGCUUGGUUGUGCUUUCUUUACUGGUGGCAUUGUGCAUUAUCCAAAAGUUCAGCGUUUCAACCAGACAGCUGCAAUAGUUAGUUCAGGGCUGCUGUUGAUGGCUGUAAUGGGCAUACUCUUUCCAGCUGUGCUUCAUUUUACACACACAGAAGUUCAUUUUGGGAAGUCAGAGUUGGCACUUUCAAGAUUCAGCAGCUGCAUAAUGUUGGUGGCAUAUGCAAGCUAUCWCUUCUUUCAGCUUAAAAGUCAUGCUAAUCUGUAUGAUUCCAUUGAUGAGGAAAGAGAAAAUAAUGGGGAUGAUUCUGAUGAAGAAGAGGUCCCUGAGAUUACUAUGUGGGAAGCAAUUGCUUGGCUUACCAUUUUAACAUUGUGGGUGUCUGUAUUAUCUGGAUAUCUCGUCGAUGCCAUACAGGGAGCAUCAGACUCAUGGAAUAUGCCGGUGUCUUUUAUUAGUGUAAUCCUACUUCCUAUUGUUGGUAAUGCUGCUGAGCAUGCAAGUGCCAUAAUGUUUGCCAUGAAAGACAAGCUUGACAUCACACUUGGAGUAGCAAUUGGAUCAUCAACUCAGAUAUCAAUGUUUGUGAUCCCAUUCUGUGUGGUUGUGGGUUGGAUCAUGGGCCAGCAAAUGGACUUAAAUUUUCAGCUUUUUGAGACUGCUACUCUCUUUAUCACAGUGUUAGUCGUAGCAUUUAUGCUGCAGGAAGGAACAUCAAAUUACUUCAAAGGGGUGAUGCUAAUUCUGUGCUAUCUCAUUGUUGCUGCAAGUUUCUUUGUACACGUGGAUAAUAAAUCAGAUGAUGACUAAAAGUGAAGAGGCAAGCAGAAAUGGAAGUGUAUUGUUUAAAUGUUGUAAUUUUGUGAGGCAAGUUCAUAUGUUGAUCCAAAGAGAGAGCAUCAACAUCAGUCAUCAGCAUUGUCAUGAUCAGAAGGUAGUUUUGGGUAGAAAAAUCAUUUGAUUUUGGUUGAAUGAAUGAUUGAUUGAUGUUGGCAUGACAUGGCAAUCAAAUAAAGCCUGUGCCUGCCUUGCCUUGUUGAAAGGAAGUUCAUUCUUGUUCAAGUACAUGUAUCAUUAAUUUGUAUCCUCCACUCCCUUCUAUUCUACACAAUAAUAGUAAUAAUUAUAGACAACUUCA